CAGUUGAAAUUCUUUUUUUGCCGUGAGAAGUCGUGAUUUGCGCUCUGUUCUUCGCAACUUUAAUUUGCUUGCUUGGUGCGUUUACUUAAUAGUAUUUAUAUAUUGGUUGCUGUUGUUUCCCCGGCUGUUCUGGUGCAUCGGCACGUCCUCAAAAAAUGUUAAUGAAAAAGCGAGCUGAGUGAACGAUUAUAAGUUUCCUGUUCAUCAAAUAUCAACAAUUCCAAUUAAAUUCGGACUGCAUUGGAAUCGGACUGACAGUUGCACUUGCAAUUUGUUUAAGGCAAAACACAAUAACUUGCUGAGGGUCUCCACGUCCGUUAGCCUGCUGAAGCGAAUAAUUAUUCACCGACUAUAUAAUAACAGAGCGCUCGGCGAAGCGAAUGAACUGUCUGCGAUCUGUGAUAAGCAAUAUACAACUGCAUCGAGAAUGGCAUCGCUAAAUACGAUUUAAAUUGCAUAACCGCACAGUAGACUAUACUUGCGUGUAUCGACUGCUUACGUAAAACCUCAAGUCAAAUUAAGUCCGGUUCUGAGCGGCACAGAAGCCAGCGAGAUGAGCAAACUCCAGGUGAUCGUGCACCCCGUGAAGAAGGAGUUCCAGCGCAAGAGCUGCGGCUUCGACCAUGAUACGCCCGAUGAUUUUGUCAAGUCGCAGUGGCAGUCAUGCACAAAGAGUAUGGCGUAUUUGUUUUAUCGUUGGUUCAUGGCUCUUUUUUUCGUGGUCGUGGUAAUUAUUUCGAUGUGGCCAGAAGCAGAUGAUGAGAGCAGUUAUUGGCUGUACUUUAUCUACAUGACCAACUGGGGAAUAUGGAUGUGCAUGUUGACGAACGUGUUGGGUGCUAUUCUAGUCACUGUUUGGCAUUAUCAUCCAGAAUAUGCGGAUAAACUCUUGAACAUUAAGAGUUCCUUCAGCUAUUUUCGAGUGUACUGGGGAAUGCAUAUAAUAACCUUGGUUCUGUCCAUUGUCAUCACCAUUAUCUACUGGAGUAUUUUGUACGAUGCUAAUGAAAGCGCCUUGGACGCCACGAAUGUACUCACUCAUGCAUUUAACUCGAUUUGCAUGUUCAUCGAUCUGUGGAUUGUAGCACAUCCGAUGAGGUUGCUGCAUAUAUUUCUGCCAGUAUUAUUCGGAGUUGUGUUUGCCGUCUUUUCAUAUAUCUAUCAUUUAUGCGGUGGCAUUAACAAGAAAGGCAAACCUUACAUCUACCAUGUAAUUGACUGGAGCAAGCCAGAAAACGCUUUUAUCACUGUUGUUGGCGUACUAAUCCUGUCCUGUUGCGUCUAUGUGCUGCUUUUCGCCUUCUUCAAGCUGCGAUCAUUCCUUCAUCGACGCUGUCGCAAUGCAAAUUUUGUACUGCCCACCAGUGCAAAAUCGAAUGGUCAAACUAAUGGACUGGACGAUAAAUCCGGAAAUGGAAUACAGCACUCGCCUUCGCGCAUAUCAAUGGUAUUGGGCAAUUUCGCUGGCUAUGAGAACCAGGCCUAUUCACCCACUGGCGAACUCUCGAACAAAAGCUAAUACUUCAAUUAAGACUGUAGUAAUAGCCAAAUUAAUUUCUAGAAUUUACAACCAGUGAUAUUAUAAAUUAUAGUUUUGUGUUAAGUAAAUAAACUCGUUCUGUGCAGGA